AUGAUUUCCACAAGGGUGAUGGACAUCAAACUUCGGGAGGCCGCCGAAGGCCUUGGGGAGGACAGCACAGGAAAGAAAAAAUCCAAAUUUAAAACAUUCAAGAAGUUGUUUGGGAAGAAGAAGAGAAAGGAAUCACCUUCGUCGACAGGAAACAGCACCUGGAAACAAAACCAGGCCAAGACUGAGGUCAUUGCCAUUGAGUCAGGGCCAGUGGGCUAUGACUCUGAGGAUGAACUUGAGGAGUCCAGGGGCACACUGGGCAGCCGGGCCCUCUCACACGACAGUAUUUUCAUUCCUGAGUCAGGACAAGACCCAGCUCGGCCAGUGCGAGUGUUUUCCCAAGAAAACGUGUGUGACCGGAUUAAAGCUCUGCAGUUAAAAAUACAAUGUAAUGUGAAAAUGGGACCACCGCCUCCGGGGGGACUUCCUGCCAAGCGGGCAGAGGACACUGGUAUGAGCUCUGAGGAUGACGGGCUGCCCCGGAGUCCCCCAGAGAUGUCCCUGUUGCAUGAUGUGGGACCCAGCACGACCAUAAAGAUCUCUUUAGUGCCCUCAUCCCGGCCACAGUCUCCAGAGCACAUGAGUGAUGCCACCAUCUCCUCCCGGAUCUCAGAUAGCAGCCUGGCACCUGUGGCUGAUUUCAGCCACCCUCCAGAAUUCUCCUCCUGCCUGGACAACUCUGCAGCCAAGCACAAGCUCCUGGUCAAGCCUCGCAACCGCAAAAUGAGGCGGCUGUCAUCGCGGGCACAGUCUGAAUCCCUGAGUGAUCUGAUAAGCACCCAAGAAGAGGAAGAAUAUGAGGAGAAGCUUUUGCCCCAAGUUAGCACAGAAGAGAACCCCAGCUCUGAGCAGCAAGCUUUAAUGCUGGACAAAGAGCCUGAGCCUGGGGGACCAGUCACUUUGCUGCCCCCCGGAGGAGCCCGUGCCAGACGUGGCCGCCUGCAGCACUGCCCAGCACUCAGUGCCAGCAUGGAGGAAGGGAGCUCCCCGAGGGAUGAGCCCUCUAGCCGCCCAGCCACUCCAGAGGUCACUGAGCCUGUGACAACCCCAGCCCCCUCUUUGGAAUCCCCCUCUUUGUCUGAAGACUCCUUGAACCCUAGUACCCUCAGUGAAAUCCAGGAGAAGCAGUCCACCACAAGCCCUUGUUCCCUGGCUGAGGACACAGCUGAAGAGGUGUUUUGUGCUCCUGAAGACGUGCAAAGUGCAUCAUCUACCUAUGUCCCUGAGGGAGACACCACACCUCCUGAAAUUGUCACUGCUGCCACCUUGGAGACACACUCUGAUCCAGAGGGGCCAGAUGAAAGUUGCCUGGAGGAAAUGGAGCUAACUCUGGUGGUACCCAAACCUGAUGGAGCAGAGGGAGAACCCUCUGCAGCCCUGGCCCCGGCUCCUAGCCCUCCAGUGCCCAAGAGCUGCCUAAAGCAAAAGGCUUUGACCAUGGAUGCCAGCCUCAGCGGGUCUCCUGCACCCACUGUUGCUGUGGAGUCACCUCCCAGGGAGCCUAGCCCCUGUGCCCAGGACAGAGAGGCCACAUCCCCAGAGUGCCCCAAGGCUAAGGAGGCUGAGCCUCCCCAAGGGGGUCCUGAGAGGGCUGCACCUGGGCGGAAGAGUGAGAGAGGGGGUGCAAAGAAGUUCUCAGUGUCCUCGUGCAGGGCACGGUCCCGCCCAGGCAGCUCCCGCCUGCUGGAACAUUCGGGCCCUGUCCCCACAGGUGUCCGUGGAGCCCUCGUAAAGAGCAGCCUGGCCUGGCAGAGUGAGGCUGCCUUGGAUGACCUGCAAGUGCUUCCUGACCUCCAGAGUGGGAAAGCUAACCCUAAAAAGCCAUCAGAGUAUGACUCUAAGGACUCAGGGGACAGUGUGGCCCGCCAGGCUGGUGCAGGCAGGAGCCCCCAGGAUGCAGUGGCCACUCCUGACUCUGGAGAGCCCUGCCCAGCCACUCAGGAGCCACUGCCGAGUGAGGACAGAAGCCCCUUCCCAGUCAAGCUGAGGUCCACCUCCCUCUCCCUCAAGUACAGAGAUGGCUCUUCCCAGGAAGCAAAAGGAAUCAAGAGAUACAGUGCCGAGAUCAGGCUAGAAAGAGGAGGACUGACCCUGCUCCCCAAAGAACAGGGUCAUAGUGGAUCAGCCCCCUCACUUCGAGGUGCCAGGUCCCCAAAUGGCCAAGCAAAGGGGAAGCCCCGGUCACCGGAGCAGCCCACCUCCAAGCCGCCUCUGCCCAGGAAGCCACUUCUGCAGAGCCUCACCCUCCCUUACUUGCCUGGAGGCCCAGACUCCAGCCCCAGAGAGCCUGAGAAAGUCAUCCUGCCUCCUGACUCCAGGAAGGAGAGUAGGAUGGCGGAGAAGAAGGCACCACACAGGGGAACAG